GAAAGCCGUUUGAAAUUCAAAUUCAACCUUUUAGUGGACAUUCUUGUUAUCCAACGCAAGGCCCCAUGUACUAGUGCUUUUUUUUUUGUGCGCUUACUAAUAAAAAAAUGUCCGCUCACUAGUAAAGCGACUAUGACUAGAACAAGUAUGUCGUAAGCUACUACUAAAGUUUUUUUUCCAAUACUAUUACGACAAAAGCACAUUUCAUUGUCCCGGUUGUAUGCAAGUUGGCACCUACUAGUGUCCGGAAAUCAUUUUAUUUUAUUUUUUCAAUUGGCUGUCGGCGCCAACGAGUCCCAGAAAAGCACAGGACAGGUAGAACAGGUGAUGAUAGGGUGUCAAGUUUCACUGUUUACCUUCACUGGGAGUUGGGAGUCGAUCGUGCUGAGGAGUGUCACCAACUAUUUAACAAUACAUUCAGUUACCGAACUGAGCAAAUCUGGCCCCCUUCAAGCAAUGGCUCCAAAGUACGACGGCCUGUCCCACUGCAAACUGGCCCUGGUCUUUGCUGUGCUGAUGGACCUGUUAGGCGUGACAUCCCUGCUGCUGGGUGUCUUCGCCCCACUGGAGAUCCGAGGACGAGAUUUUGGAGAUUUUUUGGUGUACUCGGGAGCUCUGCUGGUGCUCCUGUCCUUGGCGGGCUGGGUCCUGUGGUACAGUGGCAACAUUGAGGGUCUGACCUCCAGGAAGGAGCUGGGCGGCGCUAUGGGCGGCGCUGUAGACCGCCUGGCCCGAUCCCUGAGCAGGAGGAUACGUCUCCCCAGGACUCGCAGCAGUCCAACAUAGACACCGGAGCACGCAAACUCUGCCUGAGGCAAAGGAGUGCCAUUAUGCA